UUAUACACUUUAAUAAAAGCGUGUGUUUUUGGUCUGAUCGCGUGAGACGCCUUUUGCUGCGUUGCAUACUGGGAAGCAAGCUUUUUGAAAAUGGCAACAUCUUUAGGAGCUAAUAUUUACAACAGACAAAAUUGGGAGGACGCGGAUUUUCCUAUUCUCUGCCAGACAUGUCUUGGAGAGAAUCCUUAUAUUCGAAUGACCAAGGAGAAAUAUGGCAAGGAGUGCAAGAUAUGUGCCAGACCUUUCACAGUGUUCCGAUGGUGUCCUGGGACCCGCAUGCGAUUCAAAAAGACAGAGGUGUGCCAGACGUGCAGUAAGAUGAAGAAUGUCUGUCAGACGUGCCUACUGGAUCUAGAGUAUGGCUUGCCAAUACAGGUCCGAGACACUGGGCUGUCAAUCAAGGACGACGUGCCAAAAUCCGACGUGAACAAGGAAUACUACACUCAGAACAUGGAAAGAGAGAUAGGGAACUCUGAUGGUACCCGGCCAGUGGGUCUCCUGGGUAAGGUCCCCAGCUCUAGUGACAUGCUGCUGAAGCUAGCCCGCACCACGCCUUACUACAAGAGGAAUAGACCACACAUCUGCUCUUUCUGGGUGAAGGGAGAAUGUAAGAGAGGAGAAGAGUGUCCGUACAGGCACGAGAAGCCAACUGAUCCUGACGAUCCCCUGGCAGACCAGAACAUUAAGGACCGUUACUAUGGUAUCAACGACCCUGUGGCUGACAAGCUGCUGAAGAGGGCCUCUACCAUGCCUAGACUGGAUGCUCCAGAGGACAAGUCCAUCACUACGCUUUAUGUGGGGGGACUUGGAGACUCCAUCACAGACUCAGAGCUCAGGAACCAUUUCUACCAGUUUGGGGAGAUCCGGACCACCACCAUCGUUCAGAGGCAGCAGUGUGCCUUCAUCCAGUUUGCCACCCGUCAGGCUGCAGAGUUGGCUGCUGAGAAGUCCUUCAACAAGCUCAUUAUCAACGGGCGCAGACUCAACGUCAAGUGGGGCAGGUCCCAGGGAGCGCGGGGGAAGGAGGGAAGAGAGAGGGAAGGGGUGACUGAGAUGGGGAUGAAGCUGGAGCCGGUACCUGGACUGCCUGGAGCACUACCUCCACCCCCUGUGGACGAAGAUGCCCCUACAAACUAUUUCAACCUGGGCCCCAACUCAGACCCUCCUGUCAUGAACAUCAGUCUACCCCCACCCCCCGGUGUGGCUAUGCCCCCUCCUCCAGGCUUUGGGCCACCUAUGUUCCACUCCAUGGACCACAUGGGGAUGAGGCCUCCUGGCCAUGUUCACUACCCCUCCCAGGAUCCACAGCGCAUGGGUGCACACGCCAGUCGUCACGGAGGCUCCUAGACCCUACUGUUUGUAGUGAUUACUGUUUUUUUAAGACACAUUUUGAUUGUGUUAUACCAAUUCCUUACCAAAUUACCAAUUUCACCCUAUAAAUAAACCAGGCACUGUAACUGUAGGCACAUUUCACUGAUGUGAGAUCCUUGUUCUAUAUAAGCGUUAUAGAGAAUAACAUCUGUUUGUGCACCAGCAAGGUCUCGCUGGUUAGGAAAAGGGAGUUCUGAACUGUGGAGUUUUUUAAAUGGUUCCUUAUACCUUCCUCCAUUUGAACCUAUGUUCUAACCAAGGGUUGGAACCGGUUCAGGGAACGGAACCGAAAAAUAACUAAAUUAUUUGAGGAACAGAACCCGAGCUGAAAACAAAAGUGAUCUAUACUGUUCCGGAACAGAACUGUUAUUUUAAUAGCAUGUAUACCGGUUAAUAACGUUAUUUUACGUUCUGGGCAUUUUUUCUCAGUCCACAAGAAGCGCCUUUGCCAGUGGGUGUGUGUGUAGGCUACCUGCCCCUCCCUCCUGAAGCAUAGGUUACUGUAGCCUACUGGCGAUGUUACACGCAUAAUUCAGAAAUUAGGGAGAGUUGUUUAUUUAAAGAGUGGAUUGACUUUUUCAAUGAUAGGUAAGGAUACUGUUAUCACGUCUCACAUUGGAUUUAUUAACUACAAAAAGGUAAGAUGUGUUUUUAAUUCUAGUGCUGCUCUGCACACACAAGCUUGU